UCUUGACUACCAUUACAGAUGAUUUCGGCCUUCUUCAUUUUUAACCAAAAAGGCGAGGUCUUGAUAUCUCGACUCUACCGCACAGACUUCAAACGUUCAAUCGCCGAUGUGUUCCGGAUACAAGUCGUUUCGAACAGCGAUGUGAGGUCGCCGAUUAUCACUUUGGGAUCGACUAGCUUUUUCCAUGUUCGGAUCAACAAUCUGUAUGUUGUAGCGGUGACGAAGAACAACGCGAAUGCAGCUCUUGUAUUCGAGUUUUGCUACCGAUUCAUUAAUAUCUGCAAGUCGUACUUUGGGAAGAUUGACGAAGAGUCGAUAAAAAACAAUUUUGUAUUGAUUUAUGAGCUCAUUGAUGAGAUUAACGACUUUGGAUAUCCUCAAAACAGUGAAAUAGAUACCCUCAAGACAUACAUCACCACAGAAAGUGUCGUUUCCUCCGCGAGUGUAGAAGACUCUUCCAAGAUUACAGCACAGGCGACAGGUGCAACGAACUGGCGGAGAGGCGAUGUUAAAUACAAGAAGAACGAGGCGUUCGUGGAUGUCGUGGAAGUGGUCAACCUCAGUAUGAGUGCAAAAGGCACUGUCCUUCGUGCGGAUGUCGAUGGUCACAUCCAGAUGCGCGCUUACCUUUCUGGAACACCGGAGUGCAAGUUUGGUCUGAACGACAAACUGGUAAUCGAUCGCAACGACAAGGGCACCGUGAGCGAUGCUGUCGAGCUGGAUGACUGCCAAUUUCACCAGUGUGUGCGUCUGAACGAUUUUGAUGCGGAUAGGAGUAUUAGUUUCAUUCCGCCCGAUGGCGAGUUUGAAUUGAUGAGAUAUAGGGCAACGUCGAAUGUCAAGCUCCCUCUCAGAAUCAUGCCUACAGUUACGGAGAUCGGUACUUCGAAGGUUUCCUACGACGUAACGGUCAAGACAAACUUCCAUAACAAGCUUUCGGCCACCGGAAUCGUCUUGAAGAUACCCACGCCAUUGAACACGACGAAUGUAGAAUGCCAAGUUGCGAAUGGCAAAGCCAAAUAUGUUCCAGGGGAAAAUGUGGUGGUGUGGAAGAUAGCCCGCCUUCAGGGCGGUCAAGAAUGCACCUUCUCAGCCACGGCUCACCUGACGUCUACAACGACUCGUCAAGUAUGGGCACGACCUCCAAUAGAUGUUGACUUCCAGGUUCUGAUGUUCACGGCAUCGGGAUUGAUUGUUCGCUUCUUGAAAGUCUUUGAGAAGAGCAACUACCACAGUAUAAAAUGGGUUCGAUAUCUAACGAAAGCGAGUGGAUCUUAUCAAGUUCGGUUCUGAGGAUGAGUGCUAGCUACUAUAUGUAUUAUUGUAGUGUAGAUACUUGUGAUAAUUGGAUCAUUUUUGACCAGUA